GUCGUGUGUAGCCAGAUGUAUAGCACAGUCACCGGCUAUCUGCGGGUCUUCCAGACGUGUAGCAAGUGGCCGUUGGAGUCGUGGUGAUUCCUUGUGAAGAUUCUAUCCAAAGACAGAAUGAUGUCCAACUCAAGGAGACUUCAGGUGGCAGUGAUUGGUGCCGGAGCAGCAGGCCUAUGUGCAGCCAGACACCUUCUGGCACGCCAGGAUGUCUUUUGUCCUCCAGUUUUGUAUGAAUUUACUAAACGUGUUGGAGGAACAUGGGUGUAUGAGGAGCAGGUUGGCCGGGAUGAAGAUGGUCUUCCAGUAUAUAGCAGCAUGUACCGGGACCUCAGAACUAACAUUCCCAAGGAAGUAAUGGCAUUCCCAGAUUUCCCAUUUGACAAGCACCUCCCAUCGUUUGUCCACCACACAGAGGUGCGCAAGUAUUUGAACCAGUAUUGCGAUUACUUUGGAAUUCGUGAGCACAUUAAGUUUCAUAGGUUGGUUGACUCUGUGCGCCCAGUCUUUUCCGAGUCAAGACAGGGCGGUCUGACUUGGGAUGUGACCACCUCUGAUGCCACAGGCAAAGGACACAAGACCACUAAUCAGUUUGAUGCAGUAAUGGUGUGCAAUGGACACUUCUUUGAUCCUUACAUCCCAGCUAUCACUGGUCUGGAAAACUUCAAGGGAAUGCUAAUGCACAGUCAUGACUACCGUGUUGCAGAGCCCUUUGCUGGAAAGAGUGUAGUAUUACUAGGUGCUGGCUUGUCUGGUAUGGACAUCAUGAUAGAGCUGUCUGAAGUAGCAAGUGAGGUGACCCUGAGUCACAGACACCUCCCUCUCAGCUGCCCACUUCCCAGGGGAGUGCAUCAGGCACAAGGAGUGAAGCUAAUCAAUGAAGAUGGAGAGCUGGUGUUUGAGGAUGGUGACCGGGCAAAGCCAGAUGUCUUCAUGUUGUGCACAGGCUACAAUUUUACCUUCCCCUUUCUGUCAAAAGAGGAGGUAGGGCUGCAAGUGCGAGAACACUGUGUAACCCCGCUGUAUAAACAUCUGCUGCAUCCUGCCUUCCCAUCUCUCUUCCUCAUAGGCAUCUGCCGUGCAGUCUGCCCUUUCCCACACUUCCAUUGCCAGAUUCAGUUUGCCUUGUCUGUUAUGGACGGAUCCUUUACUCUGCCUACUCAAAAGCAAAUGGAAGAGGAGAUGGAGGCAGAUAUGCAGACUCAACUUCAGAAGGGCACUGCCUUAAGACACAUCCUGAAACUAGACUCUGAGCAGUGGGACUACAAUGAUGAAAUGGCUCAGCUGGGUAAAUUUAAGCCUCUGCCUCCAUUCUGGAAGAGCCUCUAUGAGGCUAAUAAAGUUUUUCGAGCCCAGGAUCUACUCAACUACAAGAACUAUAUCUAUCAAGUGUUUAGUGACCAGGAGUGGACUGUUAUGCAAAAAAUAGCUGAAUGAGUUGGGUGUCUUUUUUUUUUUUUGUCUGAUUCAAAUUCAAUUACAAUUUCUAUAAAACUAGACGUAAUAAUUUUAGAGAUUUUAAAUUUUCAGUAAAACCUGUCUAGUUAUAGUGAGGGGGCCUGUUACCUGGGACAGAGAAACACAGUUGGUGUUAAAUGGAUGGUUUAGUUUUUUCUCACUUUUUUAUUCCCAGUUCUCAGAAAGAAUUGUCAACCGUGAACACAUUGUUCUGAAUGCUUAUUACACCCUGUAAGACUCUGCACAUAUGAUCCACACCAAUAUCAAAAUGACAUUAAAAAUCAAAUAAAACAA